CAUCAAUGAGCUAUUAGAAAGUGCUGUCCCCAUACAAAUGGUCUCACACUCUAAUUGCCACCCCUACGUUUGUCAAGGUUUUCUCGAAUGUGCUCCGGCUUUCACCUAAAAAUGGCAUGUUGCCUUUGCCGUUCUCGCGUUUUUCCUUUCCCACGUGCCGCCGUUUUCCGCCGCUUCUGUUCUACUUCUACAAACUCCGACCACCACAACGACUACGAUUUUGCCCCCGACACCGACACACUCAAACCUACUCUCCCCCAAAUCGAACCCUCUAACGACGCCGAUAGGAUCGCUCAGAUUCUUCUCCAACACCACAAUCCCUUUCACCCAACGGAAUCAUCGCUUCAGCUCACCGGCAUUUCCCUCUCCCCGUUCCUCCUCCACCAGACGCUUCUCCGCCUCAAACACUCUUCCAAAGUUGCCCUCGCUUUUUUCAACUUCUCCCAGUCCUGCCCCGGCUCUUCACUCGACGCCACCGCCUUCAACCUCCUCAUCGACAUCCUCUCCAAAGUCCGGCAAUUCGACGCCGCCUGGAAGCUCAUAGUCCAGAUGGACCAGCAGAAAAUCUCCCCCAAUUUCACGACUUUCUACGUUCUAAUCCGGAGGCUCAUAUCUGCCGGGCUGACACGACAAGCCGUUCGCGCCUUCAGCGAAAUGUUUGUCUUCAUCGAUGAACACGGCGAGGAAGACGUCUGGAAUUUGUACUUUUGCUAUCUCCUCGACACCCUCUGUAAGUACGGGUACGUGAGAGUGGCUACUGAGGUGUUCAACAAAGAGAAAUGGAGAGUGGACGUGAACUGCAAGAUCUAUACAAUCCUGAUUUACGGCUGGUGCAAGCUGAAGAAGAUUGAGAUGGCUAAGAAGUUCUUGGCGGAGAUGAUCGAUAAAUCUAUGCACCCAAACGUGGUGACGUAUAACGUGUUGCUGAAUGGGAUUUGCAGGAGAGCCAGUUUGCAUCCGGAUGGCAGGUUUGAGAGAGUGAUAGUGGAGGCAGAGAAGGUGUUUGGUGAAAUGCGCGAGAGAGGAGUUGAGCCUGAUGUAACAAGUUACUCAAUCUUACUCCAUGUAUAUAGCAGGGCACAUAAACCUGAGCUCUCUCUAGAGAUGCUGAUGGAAAUGAAGGAGAAGGGUAUAUGUCCAAAUAUAGCAUCAUACACAUCAGUCAUCAAGUGUCUAUGCUCCUGUGGACGGAUUGAGGAUGCAGAAAAGCUGCUUGAUGAAAUGGUGAGUGGUGAGGUGACUCCCAUAGCAGCCACUCUCAAUUGUUUCUUCAAGGAAUAUAGGGGCAGAAAAGACAUUGAUGGUGCAUUGGUUUUGUAUGGUAAAAUGAAGGAUGGAUCCUUGUGUGCACCUAGUGAGGCCACAUUUAAUAUACUAUUAGGAAUGUUUGUGAACUUGGGGAGAUUAGGGCUUGCCCGGGAGAUUUGGGAUGAUAUGAAGAACAGCAGUAUAGGUCCGGAUUUGGAUUCUUACACCUUGAUGAUCCAUGGACUGUGCAAGAAAAAGAGAUGGAGAGAUGCUUGUGAGCUGUUCAUGGAAAUGAUAGAAAAGGGGUUUCUUCCCCAAAAGGUUACAUUUGAGAUGUUAUAUUCAGGGCUGAUACAGUCUGAUAUGUUGAGAACUUGGAGGAGGUUAAAGAAAAGGCUUGAUGAGGAAUCAAUAACUUUUAGCUCAGAGUUUGAAGGGUAUCUUUUAAAGCCUUACAGGAGGUGACAAUAAUCAGGUACCGGUGGAAACUGCUUGAGAAGGGUAUCAUUUUUUACAGGUUUUCUUUCGCUAAAUGCAGCAAUUUUUUGCUCACAUUACUCUAAGGGUUAAAUGCCUCAGAAAAAACUACCACCGUUGCGCGAAUUUGCCAAUCCUAAGCUUUAAAAUUGACAAUUUGACACGAUUCGGCAUUUUUGGAUUUUUGGUCAAAUUUUGGCAUGUUGGUAGAAGAUGCUGGCUUAGUACGUUCCAGUCUCCUCAGCAUCCACUUCCCAUGUGGCUAAAAUUACACCCAACGUUUCUGGCAGGCUUACAUGUGCGAAAUACGAACUCAGAGGCAGCACUUGAUAAAUGGAAGCAGUUUAUUGUAUUUUUUUUAGGAGAUUCCCAUAAUAAGUUAUGGGCCAUAAUUAAAUUGGUUUCUGAAUUUAUGGGUCAUCUCUAUGAAUGUAUGGGAGUAUGGGACAUACAAUUUAUACGGAGUAUCUGUUUUCAAUAUUUUAUAUUUUUAUUGUUUUUUCAAAAA